AUGGCUACAACAUCGCCGACACCUACGACGUCGCGGUCUGCAACUCCACUAACGACGUACUGCUUUUCUUCCAGGAGCUACAGCUCCCUCAAGGACUCAACUGCGGCCGUGCACCGCCUUGCUCAGGACGGUUUCGACUCGGUCCUGGCGCUGGCAUUUGCCACCGUGCUGGAGCUCCAGCGCGCAGGCAUUCCGGACGCCGCCGUCGUGUGGCAACAAGCGCGUCGCAGCUUCCAAGCGCGCCAGUUCCAAGGCCCGGGGGACCUCUCCUCCCCCACGUCGUCCACGGUGUCCAAGUGGCUGGAAACGUGCGGCGUCCCAAGAGCUCCGAGCUUCAAGUACGCCGAGCACCUCUGUCGGCUCGGCUACUCCAGCGUGAGGGACCUCGAGUUCAUCGUCCACGACCAGCGGGCGCUCGCGGGGUUCAAGACCGGCCACAGCCGUCUCGUGACCUACUGCGUCUCGACCGCGCUCAACCUCCACCACCACCACCAGCAGCAGCAGCAGCUCCAGAGCUACGGCACUUACGGCCCCAACGUCUACACUGCCGGGUCGUCCAGUGCUUUGCUCCAGCCGCUGGACAUCCAGCGAGACAACGAGUUUGACGUGCAGGCGUACAACUGUUUCCUCGACGCCCUCAUCGAGCCCCUGGACGUCGACAGGAUGCAACUACAACCACCACCACAACAACAACCACAGCAACAGUCGGGACGGUAUGCUGCUCCUACGGUCGCUCCAGUCACCGACCGCAAGUCAGACGCCAACAACAGCGUCCACUCUCUGGGUGUCACCACCACGUCCGCCUCGUUGUUCACCGCGUCGACUGCUCCGCUGCGGUCGCUCCCGCACGAGCAUUUGCAGUUGCUGUACGAAGCCGUGAACUUGCCACGGCCGAAUCCGUGCCGACGGGGCAAGAAGAUCUACUGGCUGGUGCUUGCGUCCGGGGGCAUGAAGGACGACCGCUAUGCACCGCUGACGCAGUUCACUGGGACUGAGCUGCAGAACGCCUACCUCCAGCAGUUUGAGCUGCCUGCCGAUAGCCCCGUGAAGAUGGACACGUGGAGCGAGGAGAACAUCCGGCAGCUCGAGUACGCCGUGAAGGACCCGCGCUGUCGCCACUUGUCCAAAGUGUGCUGGGAGAUGCUGGCCACGGGACGCACGGGCGUCGACGAGUACGCGCCGCUCGCCAAGUUCACUGCGUCGCAGCUGCGGUCGCGCUUCCGCUCGCUCUUUGGUGACAAGCGACCGCAGAAACUGCGACAGAAGAAGCAACUGCUAAAGCUGCAGCAGCAGCAGCAGGAUCAGGAUCCAGCGCCUCGGGAUGGACUCAAGCACGAGCGAGUGGUGUGA